UGCUGUGGACUAUUAAAAUCACCAUUUUCCUGAACUUGUUGUCAAGGAAGUAAACCGUCAUCAUGAGUACAGACGCAGAGAUGGAGAUAUACGGGGCCGCGGCCAUCUACCUCCGGAAGCCCGAGAAGGAAAGAAUCGAGGCGCAAAGCAAACCCUUUGAUGCAAAAACUGCCUGCUACGUAGUAGAACCCAAAGAGCUCUACGUAAAAGGUGUUAUCCAGAGUAAGGAAGGUGGCAAAGUCACUGUAAAAACUUUGGAAGGACAAACCGUCACUGUUAAGGAAGACCAAGUCUUCCCUAUGAACCCUCCCAAGUAUGAUAAAAUUGAGGACAUGGCCAUGAUGACCCACCUCAGUGAACCAACUGUGCUGUAUAACCUCAAAGAGCGUUAUGCCGCAUGGAUGAUCUACACUUACUCUGGGCUGUUUUGCGCUACUGUGAAUCCAUACAAGUGGCUUCCAGUGUACGACCAGUCCGUAGUUAAUGCAUACAGAGGCAAGAAGCGUAUGGAGGCUCCACCACACAUCUUCUCUGUCUCUGACAAUGCCUAUCAGUUCAUGCUUACUGAUCGUGAAAACCAGUCAGUCCUGAUCACUGGAGAAUCUGGUGCAGGAAAGACUGUGAACACCAAACGUGUCAUCCAGUACUUUGCGACAAUCGCAGUGUCUGGUGACAAGAAGAAAGAGGCGGCUCCUGGAAAAAUCCAGGGAACUCUGGAGGAUCAGAUUAUUUCAGCUAACCCUCUGCUGGAAGCUUUUGGUAAUGCCAAAACUGUGAGAAAUGACAACUCGUCUCGCUUUGGUAAAUUUAUCAGAAUUCACUUCGGAACGACAGGAAAACUGGCUUCUGCCGAUAUUGAGACAUACUUGCUGGAAAAGUCCAGAGUAACAUUUCAGUUGGCAGCUGAAAGGAGCUACCAUAUCUUCUAUCAGAUCAUGACCAACCACAAGCCAGAGCUCAUUGAUAUGCUUCUCAUUACCACCAACCCUUAUGAUUUCCCUAUGAUCAGUCAAGGGCAGAUCACUGUCGCCAGCAUUGACGACAAAGAGGAGUUGGAAGCCACAGAUUCUGCCAUUGACAUUCUUGGGUUCACCAAUGAAGAGAAAAUGGGCAUCUACAAACUAACUGGUGCGGUGAUGCACUACGGUAACAUGAAGUUCAAGCAGAAGCAACGUGAGGAGCAGGCUGAACCAGAUGGCACUGAAGUGGCUGAUAAAGUCAGUUAUCUGAUGGGAUUGAACUCAGCCGACUUGCUGAAAGCCUUGUGCUUCCCGAGAGUGAAAGUGGGGAAUGAGUAUGUGACCAAGGGGCAGACUGUCCCCCAGGUAAUGUGUUUGCUCUAGACCGCCACGCGCAUUGCACACAAUUCAACUUCAUAUUGUUUUAAUUUAACAAUUCAUCUUUUAUUUUUUUAGGUCAAUAAUGCUGUUGGCGCUCUGUCUAAAUCUGUCUAUGAGAAACUGUUCUUGUGGAUGGUUAUCCGUAUCAACCAGAUGCUGGAUACAAAGCAAGCAAGACAAUUCUACAUUGGAGUCCUGGAUAUUGCAGGAUUUGAGAUCUUUGAUUUCAAUAGCUUGGAGCAGCUGUGCAUCAACUUCACCAAUGAAAAACUGCAACAGUUCUUCAACCAUCACAUGUUUGUACUGGAACAAGAAGAGUACAAGAAAGAAGGGAUUAUUUGGGAGUUCAUUGACUUUGGUAUGGACUUGGCUGCUUGCAUUGAGCUUAUUGAAAAGCCUAUGGGAAUAUUCUCCAUCCUUGAAGAGGAGUGCAUGUUCCCCAAGGCCUCAGACACUUCUUUCAAGAACAAGCUGUAUGACCAGCACCUUGGCAAGAGCAACGCCUUCCAGAAACCUAAACCCGCCAAAGGGAAAGUUGAGGCCCACUUCUCCCUGGUGCACUAUGCUGGCACUGUGGACUACAACAUCACUGGUUGGCUGGAGAAGAACAAGGACCCACUGAACGACACUGUAGUGGGGCUGUACCAGAAAUCAUCCGUGAAACUCCUGGCCCACCUUUAUGCCAGUUUUGCAGCUGCUGAUGCUGAUGCUGGUGCUGGAAAGGGGGGUGGCAAGAAGAAGAAGGGUGGCUCCUUUCAAACAGUGUCAGCUCUUUUCAGGGAAAACUUGAACAAACUGAUGACCAACUUAAGAAGUACCCAUCCACACUUUGUGCGUUGCUUAAUUCCCAACGAGUCGAAGACUCCAGGUUUAAUGGAAAACUUCUUGGUUAUCCACCAGCUGAGAUGCAAUGGUGUGCUAGAAGGUAUCAGAAUUUGCAGAAAGGGAUUCCCAAGCAGAAUCUUGUAUGGUGACUUCAAGCAAAGAUACAAAGUAUUAAAUGCAAGUGUUAUCCCUGAGGGUCAAUUCAUGGACAACAAGAAUGCAUCAGAGAAGCUUUUGGCCUCAAUUGAUGUAAAUAAAGAUGAGUAUAAAUUUGGGCACACCAAGGUUUUCUUUAAAGCUGGUCUGCUGGGUGUACUUGAGGAGAUGCGAGAUGAGAAAUUGGCCGCACUCAUCACUUGUACUCAGGCUCUCUGUCGUGGGUUUCUGAUGAGAACAGAAUUUCAAAAGAUGAUGGAAAGGAGGGAGUCCAUUUUCACCAUCCAGUACAACAUUCGUUCAUUCAUGAAUGUGAAACACUGGCCAUGGAUGAAGCUCUACUUCAAGAUCAAGCCACUCCUGAAGAGUGCCGAAUCUGAAAAGGAAAUGGCCAACAUGAAGCAAGAAUUCGAAAAGUGCAAAGAAAAUCUGGCCAAAGCAGAAGCAAAGCGAAAGGAGCUUGAGGAGAAAAUGAUUGCUGUGGUGCAGGAAAAGAAUGACCUGCUGCUUCAAGUCCAGUCUGAAAGUGAAAAUCUCUCUGAUGCUGAAGAAAGAUGUGAAGGGCUUAUCAAAAGCAAAAUCCAGCUUGAGGCUAAAGUUAAAGAGAUUACUGAGAGAUUGGAAGAUGAGGAGGAAAUGAAUUCUGAGCUGACUGCCAAGAAGAGGAAACUGGAAGAUGAGUGCAGUGAGCUCAAGAAAGACAUUGAUGACCUUGAGCUUACAUUGGCCAAAGUUGAGAAGGAGAAGCAUGCCACAGAAAAUAAGGUUAAAAACCUUACUGAAGAAAUGGCUGCUCAGGAUGAAAGCAUUGCAAAAUUAACCAAGGAAAAGAAAGCCCUCCAAGAGGCACACCAACAGACCCUUGAUGACCUGCAAGCAGAGGAGGACAAAGUCAACACUCUGACCAAAGCAAAGUCUAAGCUGGAACAACAAGUGGACGAUCUUGAAGGUUCAUUGGAGCAAGAAAAGAAACUCCGUAUGGACCUUGAGAGAGCCAAGAGAAAGCUUGAGGGAGAUCUGAAACUAGCCCAGGAAUCCAUAAUGGAUCUGGAAAACGACAAGCAGCAAUCAGAUGAGAAGAUAAAGAAGAAGGACUUUGAAACAAGUCAACUGCUGAGCAAAAUUGAAGAUGAACAAGCUUUGGGUGCUCAACUUCAAAAGAAGAUUAAGGAGCUACAGGCGCGCAUUGAAGAACUUGAAGAAGAAAUCGAGGCCGAACGAGCAUCUCGGGCAAAGAUUGAAAAGCAGAGAGCUGAUCUUUCCAGGGAACUUGAAGAGAUCAGUGAAAGGCUUGAGGAAGCUGGCGGUGCAACUUCAGCUCAGAUUGAAAUGAACAAGAAACGUGAAGCUGAGUUUCAGAAGCUCAGACGAGACCUAGAGGAGUCCACUCUGCAGCAUGAAGCUACUGCCGCUGCUCUUCGCAAAAAGCAAGCCGACAGCGUGGCGGAACUGGGAGAACAGAUUGACAACCUCCAGCGUGUGAAACAGAAGCUUGAGAAAGAAAAGAGUGAAUAUAAAAUGGAGCUUGAUGACCUCUCCAGCAACAUGGAAUCUGUAGCCAAAUCCAAGGCAAACCUGGAAAAGAUGUGUCGAUCUCUGGAGGACCAAUAUAGUGAAAUUAAGACGAAGAACGAUGAGCAUAUCCGUCAGAUCAAUGACAUCAGUGCUCAAAGAGCCCGUCUCCUGACAGAGAAUGGUGAAUUCUCUCGCCAACUGGAAGAAAAAGAAUCUUUAAUUUCUCAGCUCACAAGAGGAAAACAGGCUUUCACUCAGCAAAUUGAGGAGCUCAAGAGGCAAAUGGAGGAAGAAACAAAAGCCAAGACUGCCCUGGCUCAUAGUGUGCAAUCUGCCCGCCAUGACUGUGACCUGCUUCGUGAGCAAUAUGAGGAGGAGCAGGAAGCCAAGGCUGAGCUGCAGCGUGCAAUGUCAAAGGCUAACAGUGAGGUGGCUCAGUGGAGAUCAAAAUACGAAACUGAUGCUAUCCAGCGCACGGAGGAGCUUGAAGAAGCAAAGAAAAAGCUAGCACAGCGCCUUCAAGAUGCUGAGGAACACAUUGAGGCUGUGAACUCAAAGUGUGCCUCUCUGGAAAAAACAAAACUGAGACUCCAGGGUGAAGUGGAAGAUCUCAUGGUUGAUGUAGAAAGAGCAAAUGCACAAGCCGCUGCUCUCGACAAGAAGCAGAGAAACUUCGACAAGGUUCUAGCUGACUGGAAGCAGAAAUUUGAAGAAAGCCAGGCAGAGCUGGAGGCUGCACAGAAAGAGGCUCGCUCUCUCAGCACUGAGCUUUUCAAGAUGAAGAACUCUUAUGAAGAAGCUUUGGACCACCUUGAAACCCUUAAACGGGAGAACAAGAAUUUACAGCAGGAGAUCUCUGAUCUGACUGAACAGAUUGGUGAGGGUGGGAAAGUUAUUCAUGAGCUGGAGAAGUCAAAGAAGCAGAUUGAAACUGAAAAGUCAGAAAUCCAAACCGCCUUGGAGGAAGCAGAGGCCACGUUGGAGCAUGAGGAGUCAAAGAUUCUUCGCGUCCAGCUUGAGCUGAACCAGGUGAAGUCUGAGGUUGACAGAAAGAUUGCAGAGAAAGAUGAGGAGCUUGAACAGCUGAAGAGAAACAGUCAGAGAGUGAUAGACUCUAUGCAGAGCACUCUCGACUCUGAAAUUAGGAGCCGCAACGAUGCCCUGAGAGUGAAGAAGAAGAUGGAGGGAGAUCUGAAUGAAAUGGAAAUUCAGCUCAGUCAUGCCAAUCGCCAAGCAGCUGAAGCUCAGAAACAACUCAGAAACGUCCAAGGUCAACUCAAGGAUGCCCAACUGCACCUUGACGAUGCUCUCCGAGGACAGGAAGACAUGAAGGAACAGCUCGCCAUGGUGGAACGCAGGAACACCCUGAUGCAGGCUGAAAUUGAAGAGAUGAGGGCUGUCCUGGAACAGACAGAGAGAGGCCGCAAAGUGGCUGAACAGGAGCUCCUUGAUGCCAGUGAGCGUGUGCAGCUGCUGCACUCCCAGAAUACCAGUCUUAUCAACACCAAGAAGAAGCUUGAGUCUGACAUUACCCAGCUGCAAGGUGAGGUGGAGGAUGCCAUCCAGGAAGCAAGAAAUGCAGAAGAAAAAGCCAAGAAAUCUAUUACUGAUGCUGCCAUGAUGGCAGAGGAGCUCAAGAAGGAACAGGACACCAGCUCUCACCUGGAGAGAAUGAAGAAGAACAUGGAGCAGACAGUGAAGGACCUGACCCACCGUCUGGAUGAGGCUGAGCAGCUGGCCAUGAAGGGUGGAAAGAAACAGCUCCAGAAACUGGAGAGCAGGGUGCGCGAGCUGGAAAAUGAGCUUGAAGCUGAACAAAGACGUAGUGCUGAGUCAGUUAAAGGAGUCCGGAAAUAUGAAAGAAGGGCCAAGGAGCUCACCUACCAGGCUGAAGAAGACAAGAAGAAUGUGGCCAGACUCCAGGAUCUGGUUGAUAAGCUGCAACUGAAAGUGAAGGCUUACAAGAGGCAGGCUGAGGAAGCUGAGGAACAAGCCAACACCCACCUGUCUAGGUUCAGGAAGGUGCAGCACGAGCUUGAGGAGAGUGAGGAGCGCGCUGAUAUCGCUGAAUCCCAGGUCAACAAGCUGAGGACUAAAAGCCGUGAUCUGGGAAAGGCUAAAGAAGCAGAGUAGAAGAGGUCCAGAAGAGUCAAGCUGAAAUGUAGAGAGAUUCAUAAAAUAUGAAUUUCACAGUGAACUAGUUCCUGUAAUAGCGCUGGUAGUUUUGAGAAUAAAAAUGGCAUGUAAGCAUCUACUCAAGGCUUUGU